ACAACGUCCGGUGAGGCGACCUGGAAGUGCUCCGCGCACGUGUUUCCGUAGCGCGCGCUGCUACCGAUCACUGCAGUUUGAGGCGGAACGAUGUCCCGACGAAGUCAGAAGGCCGUGUUGGAGCCGGAUGCGGAGUCCGUGGCGACGCGGACCCGCAGCGGUCGGAUAGUCGGAGCCGCGGUCGCCUUGCAGCUCCAGCAGCGUCCGGGCCGCCGAGCGAGGAGGCGGGUCGUGGUCGUGGAGGCCCGCAUUGAUCCUGAUCCUGAGCCUGAGGCUGAGCCGGACACCCCCGUGGGGCCGGCGGCGGACCCCAAACCCGAGCUGGAGGCCGAAGCCAAGCGCCGGAGGAGAGAGGACGGAGACGGGGGCUGCGGGGGAGAGGAGCAGACGACGGGACCCGCCGGACCCGCAAAGCCGCAGAGUUCAGUCGCUGCUGGGGCAGAGAAGGAGAACCGGGCUGCGGCGGACGGCGGCAGCAGCAGCAGCAGCGGCAGCAGCAGUAUCAACAUCCCUCUGGGGAGACCCAAGUCCGGCCGGGUGUGGAAAGACAGGAACAAGCAGAGGUUCUCAGCCCUGCUGAGGGACAAACCCCUGUGCACCUCCUGGGAGAAGAAGAUGGAGGCCAAGAGGGAGAAGGAGCUCGUGAAGAAGUAUUCCCAGCAACUGAAGGAUGCGAAAGCUAGAGAGAAAGAGGAGAAGAGGAAGCGCCGAGAGCAGAACCUGAGGAGACGCGAGGAAAACGAAAGGAAAGCAGAGAUUGUUCAAGUGAUUCGAAACCCAACAAAGAUCAAGAGGAUGAAGAAGAAGCAGCUGAGACGAAUCGAGAAGAGGGACACGCUGGCUCUGCUGCAGAAAGCGCCGUCGCAGAGCCACAACAGUCAGGGGAAAGGGCUCCAGUGAUGGGGAGAGCGGGAUGUGAUGGGGUCGGAAGCCACUGUACUGUGCACUCUUGGGGUGAGAGGAGCUCUGUCCUGCUCCCCAUCAGUAUCAGCACCCCCAGUGACCUCUGUGUAACUGUGGGACUGUUUUUCACGUCGAUUUACCAGCAGUCGGUGUCCUUCGUCUCCUCGGUGAGAAGGUUAUCAGUCCAAAAUAACAGAAUAAUAAAAUGAAGCCUUAUUGGUUACAGAAAACACGUGAUCCCACCGUGGAGUUGUAACCUUAAGAAAGAACUGACAAGAGUGUCUAAUUUUUUUUGUUAUAAAAAAUUAGGGUUCUGUAUUAUAAAUAAGGGCCUUUUUGUAUUUUCUGCUUUUUAUUUAUGCAGAGGAUGUACCCUAGAAACGUCCGAUGGACAAUCCAUUAUUCAGUUAAUGUGUAUUUACUUUAAAAAGUGUUCAUCCCAUUAAACUUUUUCAUGUUUUGUUUUACAACAGUGUCACAAUGGAUUUAAUGAGACUUUUUCACACUGAGUAUCACAAUAUUUCUUUGUCCAGUUGGAAACAUUUUUACAAACCAGUUUUGAAUUGAUUACGAAUAUAAAAUAAUAGCCGAGUGCAUAAGUAUUCAUACCUUCAUGUUAAUAUUGAGCGAAGUCCCUUUUGGAGCAUCUAUACCCUUGAUAAGCCUGUACCAGCUUUGCACGCCAUCAUACUGUCAUUUUUUACCCUUUUGCAAACUGGAGUAAAACGUAAGUGAAUGUAAUUUAAGUCCUGCCACAAAUUCUCAGUUUUCCCAGAAUUGAGAUGUAGGCUCUGAUUUGGCCACUCCAGUACUUUGGUAUUUUUAUUUCCAAGUCAUUUCUUUGUAAUUUUGCCUUUGUGUUUGGGAUUGUUUGGCUUCAAAGAAAUGGAUCUCCCGAGUUGCAGUUCUCGUACAGACUCUGUAAGGUUUUCCUCCCACAUUUCCUUGUGCUUUGCUGCUUUCAUUUUAUCCUCUAUCUAAAUGAGCUUUCCAGGUCGUGCUGCAGAGAGGCAGCCCCACAGCAUGUUGCUACCACCACCAUGUUUCUCAUUACUGUGCAGUGAUGAUUGUGAUGUGCAGUGUUUACCUUAUGCCAAACACAGCAUUUACUUUGGUUGCCAAAACACUACCAUGGUGUCAUUAGACCAUAGAACCAUCUUCCACUUUGUUUCCCCACAUAACUCCUGACAUACACUUGCUGAGGUGUCA